CUUCCUGGAUCCACAACUUCCUAUUUCCUUGUGCUACAACUCAGACAAACUUUUAUCCACGUCAAGUCAGAGCAAAACUAUUUCAGCUGCAUCAUGCUUUAUCCAAAAUGUUUCUCUGCUGAACCGUGUUUUAUUUUCUAUUUUUAACUUCCCAUUGAUAAGAUUUCUGCUUUUAAAAUCCUACACAAUUUGGGCCACAUAAAGAAUGACUUUAGAGAAAUCCAUUUAAAAACAAAAAACAUUGUUCAACUAUAAAAACUGAACUUAAGUCAUUUCCUGUUUUCUCUACAUCAAUGUUGAAUUACACAGCUGAAUAUUUUAAGUGUUCCUGUUUUUCAACAGCUCAUCUGCUGCCAUCAUGUUCUGUCAUUAGCUGCUCACACCUUCAGAUGACAAGAGGAAGGAAACUGAGCUCAUCGUCAACAACUUCUUUAUGCCAUUUGCAUAAAGUUCUGUGGAAAAAUAACUUCCUGUUACUUUGCACUGCAGACUAAAGUAGAGUUUCUGCCUUCUUAGUUCAUUUAAAGAGAAGAAAGGAGCAGCUAUGAGUUUCUCAGCAGCGAUCCGUGGAGUUAUCGUCCUUCUCAUGGCAGCAGAUGUUUGUGGUCAGAAUGGUUGGGGAGUGACUUAUAGUCGUUCCUCCAUUUGUGCCCUAAAAGGAUCGACGGUGGAAAUGAGCUGCAACUAUAUUUACCCAGACAAAUACGAAAACAAAUAUAUUGUUAUAGAGAAAACAUUUUGGUUUACAAAAGUGAUUAAUGGAGAUUUUGUGGAUCUGAAAGACGACCCAGAUUAUUCAGGUCGUGUGGAAUACAAUUGCACAAAGACUUUCUGCUCUCUGAAGAUCUUUAAUGUGAGACAAACUGACUCAAAAGAGUACAAGUUCAGGUUCAUAUCAGACCAUCCAGGUGGAAAAUACAUGGGUUCACCUGGAGUCUCUUUAUCUGUCAGAGAUCUACAGGUGAAGGUAAAAAGAUUAAAUGAUCCAAUCAGGAUCCAGCUGACAUGUCACACUGACUGUCAGCUGGAUCCUCCAGUUUCCUACGUCUGGCUGGAGGAUGGGAAAGCAAACAAAGAAAAUAACAAUAAUUUGGUCCUGUCCUCAUUUAAUACCACACACAGAUAUCAGUGUGCAAUAAGAGGACAUGAGGAUGUUUCAUCUCCUGCAGUGUAUGCUCCACAGACCAUCGUUCUGUCAGUGAACCCCUCAGAAACUGUUGAAGGCUCUAAAGUGACUCUGACCUGCAGCAGUGAUGCUAAUCCAGCAGCUAAAUACAACAUUUACAGGGUGAAUGAAGAUCAACAUGGUCAACUUGUCAGCACAGAAAUACAACUAGUCUUCAGCUCCAUCCAGGUCUCUGAUUCUGGGAGGUAUUACUGUGCAGCUGGAAAUGACCUUGGGAGCCGGACGUCUCCAAGUAUCGAUAUUAAUGUGAAAUACGGUCCAAAGAACUGUUCUGUGUCAGUGAACCCCUCUGGAGCAGUAGAGGAGGGAAACCCAGUGACUCUGACCUGUACUAGUGAUGCUAACCCAGCAGCUAACUACACCUGGUACAAGGAGAAUAAAAUCAUUGCUAAUGGGUCUGAGGUUUUUUAUGUCCUCGCUGUCAGCUCUGAGCACAGAGGAAGCUACUCUUGCAAGGCUCAGAACCUGCAUGGAGAAUGUAACUCUUCAUCUCGGUUUCUUGAUGUUCUCUAUGCCCCAAACGUCUCUGUGUCCAUAACUCCUUCAGGAGAGAUCAAGGAGGGAAACCCAGUGAUUCUGACCUGCAGCAGUGAUGCUAAUCCAGCAGCUAACUACACCUGGUACAAGGAAAAAGACAACAAACUCCUGGAAUCAAAUAAAAAUCUCACCUUCGACUCCAUCAAGUCGAUGGAUUCUGGGCAAUAUUACUGUACAGCCAUAAACAGCAUGGGACAAAACAACUCAACAGUCAAUGUUGAUGUUAAAUAUGCUCCCAGAUCUCCUUCAGUGUCUCAGAGUCCGUUUGGUGACAUCGUGGUGGGUAGCUCCGUGACUCUGACAUGUAGCAGUGAUGCUAACCCAGCAGCUAACUACACCUGGUACAAGGAGGGAGAGAAGGCACAAAAAGAUUCAGGAGAAAACUUCACCAUCACCAACAUACAAAAUGAACACAGUGGGAACUAUUACUGUAAAGUCCAGAACAAGAUAGGACAUCAUAACACCUCUGUAUCUGUGACUGUUGUGCCAGGGCAAUCAAAGAUAGUAGUCUUUGGGACUAUUGCUUCUAUUUUGCUGAUCAUGAUUUUUCUCCUUGUCUUCUUAAUAUCGAGAAAGUGGAGAACAUCAACACCACCGCCUAAGCCUGGAGGAAACCCCAACAACAUUGAGCAGAACCAAAACAGCCUGUCGAAGUCGCAGGAAGACCUUCAGUACGCCAGCGUCCGGUUCCUGAGGAAGCAGAGAGAUCCUGAGUAUGAAAACGUUCAACCUGGUAAAACCGGCACAGCUGAUCUGGAGGAAGAGGGCGAGCAGAACGUAGAGUACGCUACUGUCAAGUUUGGCCAGAGAACUGAAAACCCAGAACCCGAAGAUGAUUCAAAUGCUUUAUACAGCGUAGUAAAUAAACCUAAACCGGGUAAAUAAUAUUUAUUGCUGUACAAACAUACUUGUGGUCAUCUAGUUGUUCUUUUUUCAUUAUAAUUACCUGUAGCUUUGGCAAUCAGCCUCCAGGUAAACAUUAGGAUGGACCAAAAUGCCCAGAGAAUGGACUUUCUGCUUUGAACUUCCCUUUUACACAUAUUGUCAUUAUUAUUAUUAUUAUUAUUGUUGCUGGGAAAGAGGACGAUUCAACAAAUGUUUCAAAUGAAACAGAAAGUGUAACAUCAUAUAUAUAGAGAAGACAUCAUCUGGAACUGCAUCACAACUGGAAACAGGAAACAAAUCGUUUUGACAAAAAAAAGACCUUUCAAUUGGGAAGAUAUUGAAAGGAUGAAAAAAAUAUAUUAAUGAGUGAAUUCUCAAACUUUCCCAAAAAGGAGGAAACGUUGGUGAGAGAUAGUUAAUGGAUUCGCCUCACGCACAGAAACAGUCUUUCUGUUGCAAACUCCUUUUUCCCCCAGAACCAUUUCACAGUUAUUUCUGCAUAACACCUCAGCUGUAUCAUGAAUCCUGCCUGUAACAACAGGUUUGAGAAUAAGAGCAUUGCACCAGCUCUAGAAGUCAACAGUCAAAAGUCACACCAUUAACGCUAUCAGUACACUAU